UCGCUUGGUAGUACUCAUCGUGUAGAGUACAUAAAGUGAUGCACUGAGAAACGAAACAUGGCGGACAGCGAAAUGGUUACCGAUGUAUCUACAAAAGCACUUUAUUCUGGCCUCCCAGAACAUGUUCAACACAACUUGGAAGAACUUAGUCUUCAGCCAUUAAAUUGUUCUGCUAGAAGCGCAGUAAAAUCAUUUAUGGGAAGAGUGGUACAAAAAAAUAAAGAGGAUCUGGAAAGGAAACUGCGAUAUGAUCCUGUGACUUUGGACAGGCUAAAUAAACACAAGCCAAACAAGAAACCAAAGAGAAAAGAAAUGUCCCUAAGAGAGAAAAAGAGUCGAGGCAUUUACAAGAUUUCUCCCAAAAAUCAAAGGUAUGAAAUGUAUCUUCCUCUUCAUGAUUUAUGGACAGGCUACAUGCAAGAAAUGUUAAACUUGACAUCUGAAAGUAAUUUGAAAGUUAUAUAUCCCAAACUACUGCGUGCUGACUACCAUGGGUGUAUUCUCAAGGUGAGCAGAUCCAAGUGUCCAUCAUACGUAGGAACAUGUGGUAUCUUACUUCAAGAGACAAAAAAUUCCUUCAAGAUUAUCACAAAACAAGACAAACUCAAAAUGAUUCCUAAAGCAAACAGUGUUUUUACAUUUGAACUGGGAGGAUUUGAGUUCACGAUUCACGGAAGUCAUUUCUGCUUCCGAUCUAGUGAGCGCUCGGCAAGGAGAUUCAAACCAAAAGCGACAACAGACUUAUAAACAUCCAUCUUGGACAGAUUUUCCAGUCAACAUUGUUCCCACAGCUGUGGUGCCGUGAUCACAGAAAGUCCUACAAAGAAGGAGUAUCUGAGUAAUCACAAACAUGCCUAUGAAGGGAAUUUGUAAUUUUGCAUAGAGAACGUUUUUAGUGUGCAUGCUAAAUGUCUUCAGACUUUGUAAAAAAUUUGAAUAAACAUUACAUUUUGCAUUA